GGGUAACAUUUCAGAGGAAUUUGAAUGGCGUCGGAUCCCCACUGUCGGGGGCGGUAGUAGCUACCGCGGCGUAGCUACCGCGGCGUAGCUACCGCGGCGUAGCUACCGCGGCAGGUAUCAUGGCCCUCGCUCCACUAUUGCAAAAUGUGCAUGCACUUUCUUCUAGAACAUGGAAAGAUACACCGCCAUUUUGUUUUUGUUUGUCGUUUGUGCAUCUGGUGAGUAGUGGCGCGAGGCCCCAUUUCCGGGGAAGGCAAAGGGGCAGGGAGAGCGGCGAAGCGAAUUUGAAUGCCUCCGGAUCCCUCCUGAAGCUGAGCGGGGUUAGCUGCGGCGGGUACCAUUUCAGAAGAGAAUUUGCGAGCGCGGCAACAGUGAAGGCGCCAAGGCAACGACGCAGGGAGAACGACGAAGCGGGAUGCGAUGCGGGGAAACAAGAAGAUAGAUAAGGCGGAAGGGACCUUGCCGAACAGUAGAUAGAAACAGUAGAAGUUUAGUCGUUGCGCUUGGGAGUGAAGUGGCGCUGUUGCGGACGUCGGGCAAGUGGUCAGUACUCGUUGGCGUCAUCGCGUCGUCACUAACCGAGGAUCACACCGCCGUACAGGUACUGUUGCGGGCCUUUCAAGGCCUAAAUUGCACUAUACCUAGUUGGAGCUUCAACAUCUGAACUGAGCUUGGUGGGGUAUAUCUGAAUUUAGCUUCAAGAUCUUACGGUAUCUUCACCUAAAUAGUAAAUUUUACCUAAAUAG